UAUUGGCUGAUAUAGUUGUUAAAAAGAUAUUGGAAAUCUAUUGCAGCAUAUUCAGAAGGCGCUUUAAGGGUAUUUACAUUUCAUUAUGACGUUGGGAAACAUAAAAAUGUUAACUAUCAGCAACUACAUGAAUCAGUAAGGUUAAAUCUUGCAGCGCCUUAAUAUAAUAACAAGGAGGUAAAAAGUGGACAAAGUCACUAACGAAAUUAAUUAACGCGCCGAGCAGAAUUACAAUUUAUCGACAUUAAUUAUUAAAUUGCAGAGUUGCUGUGAUAACGUAUUAUAUGUUAGUAGUGUAUUAAGGAUUCCGUGGAAAUGUCACCGCCAAAAAGCUGUGCUGUUUGUGGUGACAAGGCAUUAGGAUACAAUUUUAAUGCUGUUACGUGUGAAAGUUGUAAGGCUUUCUUUCGCAGAAAUGCCUUGGCAAAGAAACAGUUUACCUGUCCCUUUAGUCAAAAUUGUGAGAUUACUGUGGUUACUCGACGAUUUUGUCAGAGAUGUCGUCUGAAAAAGUGCUUAGACAUUGGUAUGAAAAGUGAAAAUAUCAUGUCUGAGGAAGACAAGCUUAUAAAAAGACGUAAAAUAGAAAACAACCGCGCUAAACGCCGACUCAAUGAUAAUAAAGCUGGAUCUAUAGCGGACAGUACUGCUUUUGAUAUGGUUUCGCACGAUUCGCAAAGUUCUUUUGACAGUGGCAAAGGCACAGGCAGUAAUAAUAGUGCAUCAGCGGCAUUGGGUAAUCAGUCAUCACCGUUGAGUUCUAAUGUGCCAAUACGGUCUCCAAUACGAUCGCCAAUGUUAGCAGAAUCAGACGGUGAGGCAAAGCCUGAGCUAAUGACCAGUGAAGAAAUAGUUGAAUUUAUUGUUGGUGAUCCCGAUCGAGCAUCGCAGAUGAUAAGCAAAUUAAUGCGUACAAAAGACGAAGCGCUUGCCAUUGUGGAGAAAAUUCUCACUUCUCAGAAAGACGCAUUGCGGCUCGUUUCACAUUUGAUUGCAUUCCCCGGUGACGCAUUAAAAAUCAUUAGUAAAAUUAUGAAUUCACCAUUUGAUGCACUAACGGUGUUUACGAAAUUUAUGAGUUCGCCUACCGAUGCAUUAGAAAUUAUUUCAAAGAUUGUUAGUUCACCACAAGAUGUUGUGCAAUUCAUACGGAAUCUUAUGGAGUGCCCAGAAGAUGCGCUCGAUAUAAUGAAUAAAUUUAUGAAUACACCUGCUGAAGCUUUGCGCAUAAUCAAUAAAAUAUUCAAUACGUUGAAUCCACCAACACGCAGCGAUGAAUUGCAUAAAUUACUGUUGGAUGCAACAAAGGAAAAUAAGGAUAAAUCAUUCCAAACAACACCAGAAGCGUCUACAGAACCAGAAAGCAGUGAAAACGGAAAUUAUUUGCUGCAUUCAAUGCUCAAUAAUAGUCCAAUUAUGACGCAAGAUUUUGUAAAUGGUGUGUCCCCGAGUAAUCAACACUCAGUGUCGGUUACUAACUCUGAUUUAAUGGAUGAAUCGCCCAUAAAUAUACAAGGCAUGUCAAUAAGAACAGACACACCGGAUCACACAAUAGCACCCAUUCAAUCGCAGACCUUACAGCUGGGGUCUUCAGCCGAGCUACCUUCAGUGACAGCUUGCUUGGAAAACUCAGCUCAAGGUAUUUCAAUUACGCCCACAGAUUGCUCUAUUGAGAAUCACGCUUUACAUUGCAACUCACCAACAAGCAUACAAUCCAACAUUGAACUGCCAAGUACCUCAGCUGGACUUUUAAACCCAAAUUCGCCUACAGACUUAACGUCGGAUGCGACAUACUUUAAUAGUGAGCACUUCGAUAUAAAAACGUUCAUACAAAAUUCAUUUCCUGACAAUGCAAGUGUGGGUGAUAGCUUAAAUUCAUUGGAGUCUGUGCUUUCCGAGGUGAUAAGAAUAGAGUUUCAGGCGUUUAACAAUUUACCGCCAGAACCUCGUGUAAAACAAGAACAAUUUCAAUAUCAAACACAUAAUAUGACAGUGCAAAACCCUGUACAACAACAACAAUGUGGUUAUAAUGGUGGCAAUACACAGUUACAACAGCCAAUUAUUGGCCCGCCAAUGAAUGCAAUAAUGAGUCGGGAUCUCAAUGAAGCUGAGCACACGAAAUUGCGGGAGUUGAAAAUGGCCAGCGAAGCACUAUAUUAUCCAAUGGACAACGAUCUAUCUUUACUUAUGAUGGGUGACGAUAGAGUUAAACCAGAGGAAACGCAUCAGGAUCCGAAACUUUUACAGGUGAUUAAUUUAACGGCAGUCGCCAUAAAACGCCUAAUAAAAAUGGCUAAAAAGAUAAGUGUGUUCCGCGAUAUGUGUCAGGAGGAUCAAGUGGCAUUACUAAAGGGUGGCUGCACCGAAAUGAUGAUCAUGCGUUCCGUUCUAACAUAUGACAACAACCGCAAUACAUGGAAGUUGCCACACGUUUCUAAUAUGGCGCAUGUACGCGCGGAGAUUUUGAAGCAGGCAAAGGGCAAUAUUUACGAGGAAAUUUUGAAAUUUGUGGGUACAUUCGAUGAGAAGUGGCGCAUGGAUGAAAAUAUAAUUUUGAUCAUGUGCGCAAUUGUACUUUUUACACCGACGCGUGCGCGGGUAAUACAUGCUGAUGUCAUUCGCUUGGAGCAGAACUCUUAUUAUUAUCUUCUGCGAAGAUAUCUGGAGAGCGUCUAUCCUGGCUGCGAGGCAAAGUCAGCUUUUAUUAAGUUAAUACAGAAAAUUUCGGAUGUUGAACGUCUGAAUCAAUUUGUGAUUGGUGUUUAUUUAAAUGUGAAUCCCUCACAAGUAGAACCGCUAUUAAGGGAAAUAUUUGAUUUAAAAAAUCAUUAGAUGAUUAUUAGUGCCGCGCUAACUAAACGCUUGCUUACACUAUAUAUAUAUAUAUAGAAUAUAUAUAGAUAAAUAAUGUUGGAACUACUAUAUAUACUCAUAUAGUAGCAUUGCUUUGUAAUUAUUUGUUGUGUUUUUGUUUUAUUUUAUGCGCCAGUAAUAUAUUUAGGAGCAAAGUAGAUAGUUUUUAUUUCUGCAGGGCAUUAUUGACCACUGCACAUUUAGAAGCUCAGCUAUUUUAAAAUAAAUAAGGAAACGGUGGAACAUUUUUAUAAUAAUAUGAAUUGUUGAAUGUAACGCGAAAACAACUAUAUUAAUACACUGCAUUGUAUAACACAUAGAAAUGUCUCGUCAACUCGGGUGCAUGUGAUAAAUGUACAACACUAACUAGUUAUUACAAACUUAAAGUUAUGCUAUUUUUAAUAUUAUACACAGAUUAAUCGGAAUGUUGAAUCCAAAUGCGUAUAUACUAUAUAGACACAAACAAUUUUAAAUUGAGCAACUAUAACACAUCACCUAUUCACUGUUAGAUGCAACACAAGUUGGUGGUUUAAAAUGUGCAAUUUAUAUAUAGAUUCAAUCUAAAACAUGUUUUAAUAAAAAAAAGAGUCUAUUUUGUGUAACAAUGGAA